AUGUCCCAGCCCAGCCUAUGCGGAGGUGGGCCUUGUGCGUGGCGUGGCAACGACAUCGGGAAGGGCAUGGGACAGUUGGAGAUGGGGCUAGGGGUGCUGCAGAAGGUGGCCAGAGCUCCCUGUGCACAGCUCGCAGGGACCCAGUGCGGGGAUAAAAGCUAUUGGCAUGAUGGUGCGGUAGCUGAAAUUGAGAAAAAGAUUAUAGAAGCUUUUGAGGUGUUUGACCAUGAAUGCAAUAAAACUGUGGAUGUCAGAGAGAUUGGUUCAAUUGUCAGGUCACUGGGUUGCUUCCCAACUGAGGCAGAACUACAUGAACUGCUUGCAAAGGUAGAAGAAGAAGAACCGACCGGAUACAUUAAUCUGGAAAAAUUUCUUCCAGUGAUGACAAAAGUACUACUCGACAGAAGCUACCCGCCUAUUCCAGAAGAUGUUCUUCUACAUGCAUUUGAGGCUUUGGAUGAGAAUAAAUGUGGAUAUAUUACUAAGGAGGAGCUGGUCAAAUAUUUGACUGAAGAAGGUGAGCCCUUUACUCAGGAAGAAAUGGAGGACAUGCUCUCCACUGCUCUGGAUCCAGAAACAAAUACUGUUUGCUACAGAGACUACAUUUCGAUGAUGAUAGUAGAUGAAAGUUGA